AUGUCUGACGAAAUAGAGUGCCUAGAACCAGAAGCUUUGGCCAAAUGGUUGAGAGACAAAGGUUUGGAUGAAGCAACUACUCAAAAACUUGAAGAGAAUAUGGUUGAUGGAAAUAUGUUUAUGAAUCUAAAUGAUGGGGAUUUGAAGGAUCUUUUUGAUGCCUUUAUUGUUAGGAAGAAGAUAAGAGAUAUUCAAAUGCAACAGAGAGAACUUAAAGAAGAAGAAAUAACACCACCAAAGGCAAAGAAAAUGAAAUAUGAACAACUUCCUGCUCUACCAACACUCUCGGAGCCUUCAUCUUCUAAAAAGGUUGCACCGAUCAACAGGGCAUUGUCUUUACAACCUAAAUCUUUCGAUGAAAACUCAUUUAACACUGUGCCAAUUCCAAACUGUGCAGUGCUAGCGAAUCCCAAAGAACAUUCUGAAAAAGAAGUUGAUAAUGCCAGAGUGAGAAUCAUUCGCCUUACAAUGGAUUCUCUAAUUACCAAAUGUGCUGACAGACCUACAGAGCUAGAGCUAAUUCAUCUGGCUAAGUCCAUUGCAACACAGUACAGCAUUUUGCGAGAUGACCGAGGGCUUCCUGUUCGAGAUAAUUAUGUAAUGCAUGUGAAAACAUCCACAUCUUGCUGCCUGUGCAUAGAGGAGUGAAAAAGUUUUUGGAGAGGAGGAUGUACAAUGUGACUCCUGCACGGACCAAUAGAGGGAGGAAAAAAACUAAAACUGUGGAGACCACUGUCAUCACAACUGUACAUGUACAUGAAACCCAAAGUGCCGAGGAGAAAAAGAGUAGUGAGGAACCUAAAGAAAAAGAACAGGAAAAUCAAAGUUUUGUGCAAAGUUCUGGGGAGGAAAAGAGUAGCAAGGAACCUAAA